CUUGAUUUUCAAAAUGAACAUUCGUUGUGUUUACAUUUAAAAUAAUUAAUUUUAUCCUUUUCUAGCACAAAUUAAGACUCUUUGACAACGAAUUAAUUACUUUAAGCAGACACAAAUCAACAUAAUUAAUAAUGGAAAGUUUAAAAAUAAUGAGUUACUCAAUUUUUGACGGUUUUAUAGAUUCCAUAAAGAAUAUUUACGUAAUAUUUUAUAUUGAUAAAACGAUAAAUCAGAAGCUAGAGAAGGUAAAUGAUCAAAAUAGUCAGCAAUCAGCCAAGAAGAAGGCAAACAAAGAAAAGGAAAAAAGCAAAGAGAAAAAGUCAAAUGUGGCAUUUAGGGUCUUUCAAUGCUGUGCUCUAAAUGGUGGCUUGUUCCUAUUGAGCAUUCUAUUCUUCUAUAAUCUAUUGUUACCGUUUUUAAAAUUGGUAAUAACACACUUUACUGAGCCUGGAAUUUGGACAUAUAUAAAUUCAAUAUUGUCAUGGAUCUUUUCCUGCAUUUGGGUAGUUCCAUUAUUCCUGCUGUCCAAAAUUUUCAAUUUCUUCUGGUUUCAAGAUAUCGCUGACGCUACUUACGAGUUUCGAAGAGGCAAAAGGACCCUCAUUCCGUCAAUUUCUUUAUUAUUGGCUGAUGUUGUGUUUUCGUUAAUCAUACAAACUUUAUUUAUACUUCAGGGAACUUUUAUAAGUUAUAUACCUUAUUUAGGACGAGUUUUGUGUUUUAUACAUAUAUGUUUGCUGUAUAGUCUCUACUCUUUUGAAUAUAAAUGGUUCAAUCAAGGAUAUGAGCUUCAUAGACGAUUAAAAUUAGUGGAAUAUAAUUGGCCUUACUAUAUUGGAUUUGGACUGUAUUUAGGGCUGUUGACGGAACUAUCAGAUUCCUUUAUAGUCAAAGGAUGUAUAUUUUCCAUGUUUUUCCCUCUACUUAUCAUUAGUAGCAUUGACAGUGCUCCCACUCAAAGAAUAGACUUUCCAAUUCCAUUCUUCUCUCUCGUUGUGGCUCUCCCCAAUUCCUUUGUUAAUCGAAAGUUAAAGAGCAUAAGCAAUAGAUCAUCAACUACUCCAACAAGACGAUAAUUCAAUUAAUUAAAAUAUAUAUUUAUUUUUUUGGGUAGGCUCUAAAUACGCUUAUGUGAAUUGUGACAAAAAUUUUAUAGAGAACCUUAAUAUAUCAAACAAAUCCAACAAUCGGUGCUUACGUGUUUAUCAAGUGAAAAUGGAUAAAUAAAUUUACAAAAACAAACAACAAAUAUUAAUUUAUUGACUCAUUUGU